AUGGAAGAUGACUGGUCUUUGGCUGGUCCAGGUGAUGGAAGGGUCCUCUUCAAGCGGGGGGUCCAUGAUCUCAUGAUUGGGCUCAAUCGGUACUUGCCUCGAGCUGGGCGACGCCUCAUGUACUCGGAUCAUGUGACAAGCCUUGUGAGAGCAGAAGCUCGAAGGUGGUUCAGUUUUGGCCCGUGUUACCAGAGCGUCGAUGGUUGUAGAGAAUCUUGUCGCUUGGCGAAUCUCGAAUCCCCUCCCAUCGCCGUGCGACCCUCCAACCCAUCGCCCACCGUGUGCCCUUUGCUUAACCUUAUCCUCGUGUGCCCCUUUCCUACCCGCAUCGCCGCACGCCUGUACUCUUCCCAACUCCACUGCCGUCUCGUUGCUCCCAUCCCUUUUCUCUAUCUCAACCCACUGUUGUGCACCAACAGCCCCAUCUUUCCCUACCAUCUCACGCCCUCACCUUUGCCACCAACCGCUAGCUGCCAAAGCUGCGCCACUCUCCGGUGCUCUUCUUCCCUUGCUGCCACCUAUUGUCCCCCUUUCUUCUCAGCUGUCCUGUUCUCUCCCUGUGCUCCCCCACGUCCACCUUCGUGCGGUGCGCCAUUAUCUCAGCCACCCUUCCCUCUCCUCUUCACUGCUCCUGAUUCUCCACUCCACCAUCUUGUUUCAACCUGCAACAACUUACAAUCGCAACACCUAAGUCCAUCCAGCAGCCACCCCUUUCAUUCACUGCUUUCUCUCUGCCACUUGCAGCAAUCUCCACCUCUCCUACAUCCACCAUCCUUUGCUCCAAACUCCACCUAUCUUUUGCCGCACCGUUCCUCUUCCUUGCAACCUCGCCCAGCCACCUUGCAGCUGCAACCAUCAACCACCCGUGCACUUUCUUCCUCCUCCUCCAAUGUCGCCCUGCUCUUAGCAAUCUUCCCCUCUCUACUUCUUCUGCUCUGUCACCGCCCCCUUUCUCUCUGUUGCACCACCAUUUCCGCCACCUUACAGCUACCUCCGCCACACCAAUUUCUCUGCCCCUCUUUCUAUCCACCUAAUCCUCUGCUGCGAGCCUUUCUCUUCACCAUCCUGCUCGUUGUCCUUCUCUUCACCCACGACCAUCAUCCCUGGCGUACCCAUCAGCAACCUACCCAGCAACUUUCGCAGCCAUCUCCUCGAUCACCCGACCUCUGCUGAAUUUCUAAAAGGAGAAACAGGUCAAGGGAGACAAUUUCAAAGUGGCCAUAGGCCAGAGGGUCUUUCCAACGUGAUCUAAGAGGGCGCCCACGCGAGCCAGCUCGAGUGUGUCACGGACCCACGCGAGGUAAGUCCCACCUAUCGACCCUAAUUCAUCUCUCACCGGUUCGUAUUCCUGCCCACGUCUUCUUUACGUGGUUCUCGAGAGUGCGAUAUCAAGUCCCGGGUCCAUCUCGAACCUGAAACCACGCCACCAGGUCAACCCGACCUGGAGAGCGAGAUCAAGGCACCUAACCAAC